UAGGAUCGAAUGAAAUCAUAUGAUCUGUAUUGUUCAAUCAAGGUAAAUGGUAAACGAUUGAGACGUGCCCAGUGACAACUCAAAUACAAUCAUGAAUGAAAAGUCACAUGAUCUACGUUGUCCAAUGAACGAUCGAUUUGUGUAUAGUGGCUGUUAUGAAUGAAGAAAUAUGUCACGUGAUAAAUUGUCGAGUCGAUGUAAACAACACGUCCGCUUCAAAUGUAAGCUACGGUCUAAAUUCUUUUUACAAACGAUCUCAAUCUUUUUUUUUUCACCAAUUAGGAUCGAAUGAAAUCAUAUGAUCUGUAUUGUUCAAUCAAGGUAAAUGGUAAACGAUUGAGACGUGCCCAGUGACUGUUAUGAAUGAAGGAAUAUGUCACGUGAUAUAUCGUCUAAUGAUGUAAACAACGUAUUCGUUUAGUACAUUUGCAAAAUUAUUCAGCUACGGAAACAAGGAUCUAUAAAACAGUUAUGCUGAAUAAGAAGUCAAAAUUAUUACAUAAUAAUAAUAAAUAAGAAAAAAAGGUAGAACAUUUGUUUUUCUAGUUUUUAAUAACUAAUAUUAUAAGCUGGUAUCAAAUUUUAAUAUUCUAGAAAUAUUAUUUUUACAGUAAUGCUGUCUGGGCUCCCAACAGCAACAGAGACCACUACAGGGCUCCCAACAGCAACAGAGUCCACCACAGGGUUCCCAACAGCAACAGAGUCCACCACAAGGCUCCCAACAGCAACAGAGUCUACCACAGGGUUCCCAACAGCAACAGAGUCCACCACAGGGCUCCCAACAGCAACAGAGUCCACCACAAAGCUCCCAACAGCAACAGAGUCCACCACAGGGCUUGCAGAAACAUCAAAUUUGGACUACAUCAAAAGACUGAUGUCGACCAUAAAUGAUGAUGAGGAGACACUUUUGGAAAAGACUUGGGGUUUUCUAGGUUGGUUAAUAGCCACCAUCUUUACGGUUGUAUUGCUACUAAUUAAAAGAUGGAUUACUAAGAAAUGCAACCAGCUCACCCAAGACAACACCAUUCCAACCGACUCCUACGCAAUUGAUGUUGAUGAUGAUGCUGACACUACCCCGCAAAGCUUUAACAAUGAGGAUGAUGAUGACGCUACCCCGCAAAGCUUUAACAAUGAGGAUGAUGGUGAUUCUCACAGCAGUAAUCCUCCUUCUCCCAUCAACGAGAGUCAAAUUCCCCUCCUCCAAUAUAGCCAUACACCCCCAUCUACCUCUUUCAACAACGAUGAUGAUGAUGAUGAAGAUGAUAAUCAAGAUCUUGGAAUAUCAUCCCGAACUCGCGGGAAAACAAACAAAAACUGA